AUCGGAAGCUGCAAUUCCAACAUCUCCUCAAACAUCUACACAGCUUUCUUGGUUGUGUCCAAGGUCAAUGCUCCGAUAUGCGCUGAAGAGAGUCCUAAACCAGCGGACACGGGAAUUUAAGGGUGCUCCGACACUUUUUCAGACCCAGACAUGGUCCUAUUCCCGACGUCGCAUCCACGAUUUCACGAGUGGUCUCCCGAGGUUUGACGAUGCUGCCUCUCUUAUCAGCAGUGACACCAUUUACGCACUUUCAUCAGGCUCGGGAAGGGCAGGUAUAGCUGUCAUUCGUAUCUCCGGGCCUGGUUGUCUCGAUGUCUACCAAGGAUUGUGUCCAAGUAAAACCCCACCUAAACCCAGGUACGCCGGAGUGAGAACGCUCUUUGAGCCUGGGUUAGCCGACCAAUCUGGAGCGAAUAUCGUCGACUCCGAUGCCCUUGUGCUAUACUUUCCUGGCCCUAAAACCGUGACUGGCGAAGAUGUGCUCGAGCUUCACGUCCAUGGGGGCUCCGCAACCGUGAAGGCUGUCCUCUCCGCUGUCCGAAAAUGUUCGUCACCGGGGAAGAUACGCUAUGCUGAACCGGGCGAGUUUACAAAACGGUCCUUUCUUAACGGUCGCCUCGAUCUCGCCCAGAUCGAGUCCCUGGGUGACACUCUUUCCGCCGAAACUGAACAUCAACGACGGGCGGCCGUCCGGGGCAACUCGGGUAUUCUUGGAAAGACGUACGACGGCUGGCGCGAGCAGCUGUUACUCGCCCGCGGAGAGAUUGAGGCGCUCAUCGAUUUCUCGGAAGACCAGCAUUUCGAUGAGUCGCCUACCGAACUCCUCACCAACGUCACCAGGCUGGCCGAGGGCAUCAUCCGCUCCAUCGGGCUUCACAAACUUGGUAGCCAACGAAGCGAGCUUCUUCGAAACGGGAUCCGCAUUGCCCUCUUGGGACCCCCAAAUGCUGGGAAAAGCUCGUUGAUGAACCAGAUUGUCGGCCGUGAAGCCUCGAUCGUAUCAGCCGAGGCUGGCACCACCAGAGACAUUGUCGAGGCAAGCCUUGAUAUUCGGGGGUACCUCUGCUCCUUUGCAGAUACGGCUGGGAUUCGGACCAAGAUGUCGGAAUUUUUAGGGCAUCACGACGGAAUUGCAGGUCCUUCUACUAUCGGCGCCAUCGAGCAGGAAGGCAUCCGGAGGGCACGACAGAAGGCACUGGACUCGGAUGUCAUCAUUGUUCUGGCCUCUGUGGAGGCAAGAGAAUCCGGCAGCCACCAGAUAAGCUACGACGUCGAGACGCUCCAAUUGGCAGCGGGCGCGCAACAAUGUCUCGUUGUGGUGAACAAAACCGACGUUGUGAGCCCUGAGUCACUCAAAUUGCUGAUCCGGGAUUUCAAAUCUUCGGUAUUGGCGGAUAUCGACGGCCUUGGUGGUCUAGAGCCGCUGACCAUCUCGUGCAAGGCUGCGGUGUCGCCGACGGCUGCGGGGCUGACUGAUGCAGGCGGCAUACAUGAACUCACCGAAAUACUAGCGGAGUCAUUCUCGAACCUUACCUCGCUACCAGAUGACAUGCAGCACCUACUUGGUGUCACCGAACGGCAAAACCAACUCCUCGCCGAAUGCGAACGCCACCUUGAUGAUUUUAUGGCCGAGGCUCGAAAGUCUGACCCUUAUGGGGGACCUGAUAUCGUCCUCGCCGCCGAGUACUUGCGGCUCGCCGGUCUUCGACUUGCUUCUAUUACCGGACGCGGCGAGUCCGGCGAUGUGGAGGAGGUUCUAGGUGUCAUUUUCGAAAAAUUUUGUGUUGGGAAAUGAUUGUGUAACUACAGCUGUUGUACAAGGGAUCCGAACCCGCCAACCGUUCCAGACGUCUAUCCACCGCGUGUUCUCAUCAGAUCAUGAUACAUUGUCGCCUCCCCACGUUCCUGAAAGCAAGCUUGCGCCUCGCAAUGCAGACAACUCGCCAUCCCCCCGGGGCCCGC